AAAAUGAGAACGUCUAUAACAUUAAUAUUGGCCAUAACUGCGGCAUGUGCCGCCGCAUCAAAAGUGACACACAAGGCAGUGCACCCAAAGGAUUUAAUACUUCAGCAGAACAGGAAUAGCAAUGCGGGUCGUAUCACCAAUGGCAAUCAUGCCAGCGAAGGUCAGAUACCCUAUAUAGUGGGCAUCAGCUUGAACAGCAAUGGCAAUUGGUGGUGGUGCGGUGGUUCCAUUAUUGGUCACACUUGGGUCUUAACUGCUGCCCAUUGCACAGUGGAGGCUGAUGAGGCUUCACUGUACUACGGUGCCAUUAACUAUGAAGCACCUGCCUUUAGACACGGUGUAACCAAAAAUGAUUUCAUUGUUCAUCCCGAAUAUCGUGGUCUAACCCAUGAUAUUUCUCUGAUCAAAACACCUCACGUGGACUUCUAUAGUAUAGUCAACAAGGUCGAGCUACCAAGUCUUAAUGAUCGCUACAAUAGCUUUGAGAACUCUUGGGCUUUGGCCUCUGGCUGGGGAGAAAUCUAUGAUGGCAGCAAUGUGGUAGAGGACCUGAGUGUUGUUGAACUACAGGUUGUUCCCCUUGCCGAUUGCCAAGCGUAUUUCGGAACCGAAACUGCUGAUGAGAAUGUCAUCUGUGUAAGCACUCCCGACGGCAAGUCCACUUGCCAUGGCGACUCAGGGGGCCCAUUGGUUACAAACGAUGGCAAUCUAUUGAUUGGUAUAACAUCCUUCGGCUCCGACUAUGGAUGUCAAACAGGUGCUCCAGCUGGUUUUACCCGUGUUACCAGCUACCUGGAAUGGAUUAAGGAUGAAACCGGAAUAUAUUAUUAAGCAAUCGACAAAUAUAUUAAACAAAUUUUGAAA